CUUUAUUCGAGCAGUGCAGCAUUGCAACAUUUCUUUCAUGAAUACAUCAAAUUCGACACAUUCAAGCGCCAAAUCUGAUUCUUCUACAUCGGUCGAGCCUUUGGAGCAGAGGGUACGACGUCUUGAGCAAGAAAAAGUGGCACUUGAACAGCAAAUCGAGGCACUACGUCUAGAACAGGCUUUAUGGAACAGAUCAACCCUCGCUGCGGACUUGCCCAAGGAAGCACCUCUGGAUCCAUUACCUAAGGUGGAAAAACUUAGUAACCUAGAAAUUGCACGAUAUGGACGGCAGCUAAUUUUACCCAAUUUUGGCAUUCAAGGUCAAAUGGAUCUUAGGAACUGUGCGAUGCUAGUUGUUGGAGCGGGCGGUCUAGGAGCAUCCUGUGCACUUUAUCUCGGUGGAGCAGGGGUUGGACGUUUAGGUAUCGUUGAUCACGACACAGUCGAUAUUUCAAACCUACAUCGCCAAAUCAUUCAUAAUGAAUCGCGUCAGGGCAUGCCCAAGGCUGAAUCUGCAGCCAUAUCUGUUCGAAUGUUGAAUCCUUUAUGUCAAGUUAUUGUGCACAAUCUCGUUCUCGAUAGCUCAAAUGCUCAACCUAUCAUUAACGCCUAUGAUAUUGUAAUCGACGCAACCGACAACGCAGCUACACGUUAUCUACUCAAUGACGCAUGUGUUCUUGGGGGGAAGCCUCUAGUGUCAGGAUCGGCCUUAAGGUUUGAUGGACAGCUUACAACUUAUAAUUAUCGUGGCGGUCCUUGUUAUCGAUGCUUGUUUCCUACCCCACCUCCAGCAGAGACAGUAACGAAUUGCUCAGAUGGAGGAGUAUUAGGAGUGGUCCCAGGUACGAUUGGCUGUCUUCAAGCUCUCGAAGCAAUCAAGAUUGCAACAAGAAUGAAUGAACACGAUCCGCCGACUAUGACACUAUUCUCUGCAAAUUCAUCCACAAUGUUUCGAACUAUCAAGCUAAGGAAACGAAAACCAGAUUGCAUCGUCUGUGGAGAUUCGCCAACGAUUGACAAACUUAUCGAUUAUGUGCAGUUCUGUGGAAGCAGUGCUACGGACAAGACACCAGAUCUUUUCCUCAUCCCAUUCCAGGAGCGUCUUACAUGCAAGGCGUACAAAUCAAUCUACGACAGAAGGACACCACAUGUGCUCUUGGAUGUUCGUGAGAAAGUACAGUUUGACAUUUGUAGCUUGCCGUCCUCGAUCAAUAUUCCUUUGAAGAAUCUUCCAGAGCAUAUUGAUGAAAUUAAAGAUCAGUUAGGCCCACAGCAGGAUCGGCCAGUAUAUGUGGUUUGCCGCAGAGGAAACGACUCACAACCUGCUGUCAAAAUUCUGCAGGAGUACGGAAUUACCAGGGGUGAAAUCAAAGAUAUCGUUGGUGGCCUUGAAAAGUGGUCGGAUCAAAUUGAUCCUGACUUUCCUAAAUACUGAUCUAGCCUAAUCUCGUAGUGUAGAAAGUUAAAUUAAAUCAAAG